AUGAAUCGUGGGGUCCAUUGUCCGAGACGCGCGAGACGGCAUCCCUCCCCCCAUUCGGGGUCACUUCGAAAACGCACAGAUUCCUCGAGAAUGACGACUGUGAUAGGAUCAGCCUUGACGGGCGGCAUCUGCAGGAAGUCUCCGACAAGUACGACGUGGAUGCCACCGAAUGGUACGUGGGGUACCUGCUUGUAUCGGCGCAACAGCUUGUCGAGUCGCAGCCACUCGGUUUUGGUUAACAUCGAGACUUCAUCGAUAACUAGGAGAUCCAGCGGUGCGAAGUGCUUGCUGUUGAUAGCGUGCUUCAAACGCAUGAGAAAGCUUGCGAGCGUGCGCCCGCCAAUCAGUCUUGUACAAAAUGCAUCGAUGGCGUCAAUCACACGACUUUUGCCUGUACCACCGGCUCCGCCAAGAAAUAGCAGCAGCUGGUCCGUGAACGCUUGA